UUUCCCGCGAACGCCUGAGCUUGAAGAUGAAGAAUAGCAUACUUUGCAGCUGCCCAAGAUCCUCUGGAUCUCCAUGGAAGAUGGCAUGGUGGAGGGGCAAUCCCUUUCCAUCAAUCUGAAACUUUCAGUCACCCUCUUCCCUCGUCUUCCUCCUCCCCAAUCCUCCAUAAUCACUUCCCAAGCAAACAAAGCAUUCUUCCCCUCUUCAACCUUUCUCAUUUCUCAUCCAAUAAAAGCCCAAAGCCCCAACCCCUCAUCCACCAUGCCCCCUCAUCAAGCUCUGCUCUGUUUUGCAUCUUCUCUCUUCUUCUCUUUCACGCCUUCGCUUCUUCUGUUUCCCUCCUCCAAUGGCGUCAGGACUAGCUCUUGCCGAAACCCCCCUGCCCCUUUCCCCUUACUCCGCCAGGGUAAUCUUGAAAACCAUAUUGGGUCGCGACGAUCGCGGGUCGGGGUUGGCUGGCCAGCGAGCGGUCAUCGGCGGUUGGGUUAAGUCCUCCAAGGAGGAGCAGCCGGAGCCGGAGCCGCAGCCCGAGGCCGAGGCUCCGGCGACGGGUGGGCUAGUGCAGGGGCGUCAGGAGCCCAGCUGCACACAGAUCCUUCAGUCUCGAAUACCUCUCUUUCGAUCGAUCAUAAAAGUCUUCGGGACUCGCCCCCCACCUGUUCGUGAAAAGUCCGUUUCUCCCGUUCCUAAGCGGCCGCCGCCGCCACCCACUGCGAUUUUGCAAGUUAGCGAUGGUUCUUGCGUUGCAAAUCUUCAGGUUGUAGUGGAAUCAUCAGUUACAACUCUGAGCAAAAUCAUCCCUUCUGGAACUUGUAUUUUAGUAGAAGGAGUAUUGCAGCAACCUGUGGCAAAGGGAAGGCAUGCUAUUGAGCUCAAGGCAGAGAAAAUCAUGCAUCUUGGGGUAGUAGAACAGAAGUACCCAUUAUUGAUAAAGCGAUUACCACUGGAAAAUUUAAGGGAUUUUCCCCAUUUUCGACCUAGAACAACUACAGCUGCAUCUGUUACACGAAUUCAUAGUGCCUUGGCUCAAGCUGCUCGCACCUACUUCAUGAAAAAUGGGUUCCUUUAUGUGCAAGUGCCUAUAAUCACAAACACAGAUGGUGACGGGGUUAGCAAGAAGUUCCAUGUCGUAACUUUUGCACCAAAAAAGGAGGUCAAGACAGUGGAUGAUGCUGGAGGAGUCAGGCUUGAAACUGUCAAGUCUUCAAUCGAGGAAAAACAAAAAGUGAUCAAAGAGCUCAAGAGAAGUGAAAGCAACAAGGAAACACUGGCUGUUGCCAUGGAGGAUCUUAAAAUUACAAAAGAGCUAGUGGCACUGUUGGAAGCAACAGAGAAGUCCAAGUCUGGAGCUUCAUUUGAUGCUGGAAGGAUGGACUUUGAAGAUUUAUUCUCUGGCAACGCUUAUCUGACUGGUUCUGGUCGCCUUCAUCUUGAGAGCUAUGCUUGCGCCCUUGGAAAUGUGUACUCCUUUGGGCCCAGAUUUAGCGCUGAGAAAUCAGAGUCCAAAAAACAUUUGGCAGAGAUGUGGAUGAUUGAAGUUGAAAUGGCUUUCUCAAAUUUAGAGGAUGCUAUGACCCAUGCAACAAACUUCUUAACGUCCAUCUGCCAAUCAGCUAUGGAAAAUUGUGACGAGGAUAUGAAAUUUCUCUUAAAACGAGUUGAUCGAUCCAUUGUUACUCGCCUCCAAACAACCAGAUCAGCACCAUUCCAAAGGAUAACCUAUGCAGAAGCAGUGCAUGCGUUGAAGGAGGCCAAAUAUUCGAAAUUUGAAACAAAACCCGAAUUGGGUGUCCCCCUAACUGAAGAACAGGAAAGUUACCUGGCUGAUGAAGCCUACGGAAACCCCAUUAUUAUACACACUUAUCCGAAAGAAGCUAAGCCAUUUUACGUGCGUCUGAAUAAAGACGAGAAAACUGUUGCUGCAUUCGACGUGAUUGUACCAAAGGCUGGAGCAUUGAUCAGAGGUAGCCAAAAUGAGGAACGCCUCGAUGUCCUAACCACAAGGAUUAAAGAAGCAGGCCUGGCAAAGGAGCAGUAUGACUGGUACCUAGAUCUUCGAAGGUACGGAACUGUGGAGCACUCUGGCUACAGUAUGGCCUUCGACCUGCUGGUUCAGUUUGCGACGGGCCUGAACGAUGUCAGAGAUGUCGUCCCUUUCCCGAGGACUCACGGCAGAAUCAUCAACUGAGGAGCUCGCGCUCGCUCCCCUACCCCUUUCCAGGAGGAAAGUUACCCAUUUCAAUGUUGGGAAGGUCUCUACUCUGUAGACAUAUGGACUGGUUCUACUUGUUGCUCACUAGAUCAGAUGUUCAAUUUGAAGCAGAACUGUUCUGAAAUUGUGCUGUAAAUGCUCUUCCAUCACUGACACUUUCUUUGGGGACUAAUCGAUUUGAGUCGGGUCAAAUUGA